AUGUAUGUGAAAUGGUUUGAUACAAUAAUGUUUUACUAUGUGAUUUUAGUGAAUUUAGUGAAUGUCACUUUUUGUCAUUUUCAAAUUUCCCGCCGUUCCGUCCCCCGUACGUCCCGACGCUCGCAGGGGACGGAACCCAGAUGACAGAUGCCGGCAUCCUCCAGAUUACAUUGCCGGGGACACUGCAGUAGGGACAUCGCGGGAGCGCAGGACAAGGUAAGUGAUCAAGGGAUCGCGGAGCAGCGCCGCAAGGUAAGCCCGAGUGUAGCUCAGGGUUACCGCUUGUGCUACACUCGGGAAUACCGCCAGGGAGGG